AUGAAGCAGCAGUCCGUAGCCGGGGCAUCCGCCGUGGGCCCAUCUCGCGGUCUCCAAUCCACCAGCACCCACAAGAAUGGCACCAAAAACGCUAGUACCGGCAUCGGCGGUCUCCCCGGAGGAGUAGUUGGCCCCGAAGCAGCUGGUCUCGAUCCAUCCGGUCCUGAACACUUCUUCGUCACCCUCGCCGCCUACGCAGAUGCGCUUGACGCUUUACCUCUCGACCUCACCCGCAGCUUCUCCGACCUUCGCGAGCUCGACGCCGUCCUCGGCUCACACCUCAACAGCCUCACCGCGCGUCUCAACCAUCUCACUGCGCUGAUUGAAGAUCCCGGUGUUGGCCAAGGUCAGCGUCUUCUCGCGCUCAAAGAAGUUGCAGAGGAGGCACGCGCCUACAAGAUGGGAGGCGAGGACAAAAUCCGCGUAGCUCUCAACACUGCCGAAACCAUCAUCAGCCAUACUGACUACAUUGACGCGUUGGAUGCUCAGCUUGAUCGCUUCCCUGAGAUUUCGGCGUUGCUCAAUCCGACCAAACAUCUCAAGCUCGACCAGUACUACGUGCCUGGUUCGCUCAAGGAUCGGAAGCUCAUCACAUCGCUCGACAGCCACGCGGGUGCAAUCGGCAGCUCGGGUACAGCAGAUGUCAACGGUGCGGGCGGAUCGAAGAAGAAAAAGGUUGGCACUCAUGUUGCUGCUGCGAGUGCUGCAGGUGGGAAGAGCCACAAAGCUUCCGAUACAGCCUCUGUUGCAGGUUCGACAGCUGGUGGGGCGAGCUCGAACAGCAAGAAGCGUAAAGCUAUCUCUGGUACUGCUGUUGGUGGUUCUUCUACAAGUGCUGGUUCUAAGGUCGCCAAGUCUUCCGGCUCAGGCAAAGGAGACGAGGAUGUCAAGUCCGCCGCCAACGGGGCCAGUACGCACAAGAAGAAGACUGAUGGUAGCUCUCAUACUGCCGGAAGCGGAAGCAAGUCGAGCAGUCAUGCGGCGAACAGCAACACACGUCUUCCGCGCGCAGCACAUGCGCAUGGCAUCUAUACGGAGGACGACGAAGAGGGUCCCAAUGGUCGCAAAGAUGGUGCUUCGCGAAGAGGUGCUGCUGGCGACGCGGAUGAAUCUUCUGCCAGUCGCAGCAGGAACAGCCGCGCAGUACGCACCGCCACCACAACCCAACGCAGCGAUGACGACGACGAAGAGCUCGACGAUCCCGACGCAGACGAAGAAGAAGAGGCCAUGCGAUCUUCAACCUCCAAAUCUCGCAGUCGAGCCGGUCGUUCCGGUGCCGCCAACUCUUCCACCUCCCGCGCUAGAGGCGGUGCAGCCAGUGCAGCAGCUAACUCCCCCCACACCGGCUCCACUUCCGCUUCUCGUGCAGGCAGUCCAGCUUCGGCUGCAGACGGAGGCGAUGAUGCGGACGAAGCACGUUACUGCUUCUGCAACAAUGUCUCGUACGGUGAUAUGAUCGGAUGUGAUGACGACGAUUGUGAGAGGGAAUGGUUCCAUUUGGGUUGUGUGGGGUUGACGAAGCCUCCUCAGGGUACUUGGUAUUGUGAAGCUUGUUUGGAGAGAAGAGCGGCUAAUGGUAGGGGAGGAAAGAGUAAGAAGGCUAAAAACGGCGGUGGGAGCAAGUCCAAGGUUCGUCGUUAG